AUGCCCAAGAAACUAGCAAAGUCCUCCACCUUCAACACAACCUCCUCCUCGACCUCCGACCUCUCCUCCACCACCUCCCCGGCCCUCCCGCCCAACCUGCCCCCGAUCCUGACCGACGGCGGGCCCCUCCCCAAGCUGAUCGUCUUCGACCUCGACUACACCCUCUGGCCCUUCUGGGUCGACACCCACGUGACGGGGAGCACCCUCAAGGCCGUCCCGGGGUCCAACAACACCCUCGUCGCGGACAAGGUGGGCGAGCACUACGCCUUCUACGCCGACGUCCCGGCCGUCCUGCACGCCCUGCCCCUCCUGGGGGUCCGCGCCGCCGUCGCGAGCCGCACGUGCGCGCCCGACCUGGCGCGCGAGAUGCUCAAGCUGCUGUACGUGCACCCCCCACCGGCGCCACAGCAGGACGACUACGGCACCGGCAGCGGCGGCAAGAAAAAGGGCAGCGGCGGCGCCGCCGACAAGCCGCGCAGGGCCCUCGACCUCUUCGACGCCGGGCUCGAGGUCUACCCGUCCUCCAAGCUGCGCCACAUGGAGGCCCUGCACCGGCGCACGGGCCUGCCCUACGCCGAGUUCCUCUUCUUCGACGACGAGGUCCGCAACCGCGAGACCGAGAGCCUGGGCGUCACCAUGUGCCUCGUGCGCGACGGCGUCUCGUGGGCCGAGGUCGCGCGGGGCGUUGCCGAGUGGCGGCGGCGGAGGGCUGUUUCUGCGCUGGCCGAGGGGCCGGGUGAGUAG